AUGCCAUACCUAACCCUCAAAGACGGCUGCAGUCUCUACUACAAAGACUGGAACACCUCCGGCACCUCUCCUGUCGUCUUCUCCCACGGCUGGCCCUUGAACUCAGACAACUGGGAUGCGCAAAUCUUCUCCCUCGCCUCCCACGGAUACCGAGUCGUAGCGCACGACCGCAGAGGCCACGGCCGAACCGACCAGACGUGGGAAGGCAACGACAUGAACACCUACACCGACGACCUGGACCAACUCCUCGAGCACCUGGACCUCACGGACGUCAUGCUCGUCGGCCACUCCACGGGCGGAGGCGAAGUGGCGCGGUACUGUGGCCGUCACGGCACGAAGCGGGUGAAGAAAGCCGUCUUGAUCUCUGCUGUGACCCCGUUGAUGGUGCAGACCGAUAGCAACCCAGGCGGUCUGCCGAUGUCGGUGUUCGACGGCUUUCGAGAAGCAAUGGUGAAGGACCGCGCGCAGUUCUUUGUGGAUGUGCCGAGUGGGCCGUUCUUUGGCUUCAAUCGUCCCGGGGCGGAGGUCAGUCAGGGCUUGAUCUGGAGUUGGUGGCAGGCGGGGAUGAUGGCGAGUUUCAAGGGGACGUAUGAUUGUGUGAAGGCGUUUUCGGAGACGGACAUGACAGAGGAUUUGAAGGAGAUGCAGAUUCCGGUGUUGGUCUUGCACGGGGAUGACGAUCAGGUGGUUCCUAUCGAUUCCAGCGCAAGAGCAGCAGUUAAUCUCCUGCCCAACGCCAGGCUGAAGGAGUAUCCUGGAGCUCCGCAUGCUCUGCCUAAUAUCUGUGCUCAAGAGGUGAAUCAAGACCUGGUCGCGUUCUUGAAGGAAUGA